AUGGACCCUGGCCAACAUGCUGUAUCUGCCCAACAUGCGCACGAUAUGCUAGGCGUUGAACGAGGGCAACCACUCUCUGGCCUUUAUCGAUGUGAGAGCCCAGGUUGUGAUUUACUCUUCUUCAAGCGCAAGUACCUUCGGCAGCAUGUCCGUGAAGUGCAUGCCGACUCGAACUGCUCAGAAUACCCCUUCGUGUGCGAGCAUGAGGGAUGUAGCCAAAGGUUCGCGACAAACGCCAAGCGCAGACACCAUGCACGGAUUCAUGAAGAAGGGCGGUACAGGUGCAUUCUGCCACAUUCCAUGCCGCCGCCACCAAACCACCCUCCUUAUACGGUCCAAUGUGAUAUGCCGGGCUGGUCUUUCUCGACCUGGACACACCUGCAACGGCACAUGCGUUUGUGCCACCCACCUACAUGCAGCGUGUGUAGUCGAUCAUAUGCCUCUCGCGAUCAGCUCAAGCGGCAUGCUGUUGUGCACGAUGCCACCAGCUCCUCUUUGUCGACCGCCGAGUCGAUCGAUGUGGCUGAAUGGACGUGUCCCUGGAAUGGAUGCGAGCAUGUAUUUCUGAGUCGCUAUGCACUGCAGGUCCAUGUAUCGCGCGUGCAUUUCGGAGACAAGCCAUUCCAAUGUGAUGUGUGUGGACAGUCGUUCGGAUACAAACACCUGCUGCGACGGCAUCAAAUGCGCAUGCAUGAGUCGAAAGUUGCUGCAGAAACAGAAUCCAAAGCUGAUACAGGGCUUGAGCUACGCCCGGAGCUUCUCUCCCAUGACCAUGCGUCUUCGAUGCAAACAAGCCUGGACGCAGGGCGUGCACACACGUGCUCCCACGGGCCUUCGCACCUUGUGCGGCUUAUGGGCAUGGGACGCAAGCGAGCGCGUCGUGAGCGGAUUUUAUCGUGUCCGUGGCACGUCGUGUGCGAAAGGAACGCACACCAGGAUGAUUCCCAAGCCGAGGAACCUCUGGGUCUUGAGCCAUGCCCGAAAAAGUUCGCUCGUCUGUAUGAUGUGCAACGACAUCUAGCAAGCGUGCAUGGCAUAGAACUAAGUGAUGCUGAGCUGCGCAGUGUGAUGCCAGAAAACGAUAUCGCACAGCUCCCUGCGCCACGUGUACUGAAACGCCUACGAACUGAGCUAUGA